AUGGAUUCCGAAGAGAAACCAAGUAAAACGGUUUGUCUAAUUAAAAAAGCAUCGUUUUUCAAAAACUUUUUUAAAAAACCCUAAAAAUUUAGAAAACCAAAUCGAUAGCGGCACUGAAAGAAGCGUCGACGCAAUCGAGUGACACGGACUCGUCGACGGCUCGCAAAAAAUUGUCGAAAGAGGAAGAAAAAGAGAAAGGGCCGACGAAGGCGGUUCUGACGGCGGAGCCCAUCCUUCAGAACUCCUACAAGAAGUCGGCGUCGUUUUCGAAGCGGCGGGAAAAGCGAAAAAAGUCGAAUUCGAAGGAGAAGGCGACGGGAAAAGUGUCGAAAGAAGCGGACGACGACGAUAAGGUUCCGACGGCGAACUCGGCGAAAUCCGAGGAAAAGGCAGCGCAGAAGAAGAAGGGCGAGCAGGGAAAAGCGAAAAAACAGAAGAGUCCGCCGACGGGGAGUCCGCACGCGCAGAAAGAAGGGCUUCAGGAGGUCGGAACUCAAAAUUCGAUGACGCCGACGCCCGAUGUGAAGAAGAGCGGCGAGAAGAGUGAUCAACUGGGACCGUCGGAAAUGCCGGAGAAGAAAAAGAAGAAAAAGACGAAAAGACAGCUGAAACGCGAGACCAACCACAUUUAUCACGUCCGGCCGGGCGUCAACAAGACGAUCGAACAAAACCGACGCAACAGUUUCGAGAAGGAAAUACGGCAGUGUGAGUGACGCGGUGUCGAGCCCGACAGCGGCGACUAAAAUUUAAAUAGCCGCCGAAAUAAAACAAAGCAUUUGCGAACGCAUUUCUCAGUAAAAAAAUCAAUUUUCAAAGCAAAUCUUACACUAUCUUGAAGCGUUCCGUCGUUUGCACGUCUUUUGAGCUCUUGACGAGCGAUUUUCAUCUGUAAAAUCGGACAAAUUUCGCUUUUUAUCGAAAAACGCGUUUAUCGAUAAACGUUUUUCGAUAAAAUGACUUACCGAAUUUUCAAUAAUGUCAAUUUCAUGCCCCGAGUGCGGCUUGAUGAUUCGAAUCGCGUUAUCCACAUGGCUUACACCGAAAGCAGCGGGGCACUUGACACGAGUUUCUCUGAAGUUUAUCGAAUAGUUUAUCGGUAAAAUUUCCAAAAAUACCGUUGAACACAAUAGAAAAGUGUUUCGUUCAAAGUCGGCGAUUCUUUUUUCGGCUUCAUCAACCAUCCGUCGAGAACGACGGCUUCUUUAGCCGGUCCACGUGGCAUCUUUUUUCAAUUUCUGAAAAAAAAUUGUGAAAUUUUGCUACUGCAAAGAUCGAUAAAUAACCAAAAUGCGUUUAAAAGGCGAGACAAGGUGAAGAAAUGCAAACGCGCUCCACCGAACACGAGUUCUAUUCUGUCUAUAGUUCUAUUGUGUCGCAAUUCUAUUGUGUACGAAGCAAACACAACGAUUAUGCGAUGAAAAAGUGGGAGAUCUUGUAGUUUUGUGGGACUUUUCAAUCGUAAAUAAUGAAUUUUAUAGAGAAGGUUAACAAAAAAAGAAGAACAAAGAGAUUUUUAGUCGAAACUGGUGAAUUCACGUAUCUGACGGACCCGACGCGCUACCGUUUCCGUUCAACGCCGCCGUUGGAGCUGAUCAUUCAGUACGUGUUCCCGUCGCUCCUUCUCCUAACACUUCUCCUGGCCACAGUCACCACCAACCGCUUUCUCGGCACCGAAUACAAUCCAGAAGUGGGUCUAAUCGGGUUACUAAUUAUACAGCGAUGUCAGUUUUUUACAUCACGGACAGGGAGGCACAUUUCCUUUAUCCACUCGCAUUUUCAGAUGGUCUUCAACGAGCUGAACACAAUGACACUUUCCAAAUAUGACACCUAUCUGAUUGUCGAUUCUAUGUGGGUCGAAAUGCGCUCUGGCGAACUUUUUUCUAUCACUUUAGAGACGAUUACUUGCAAGACGAGAACGAGCUUCUCGAGGCCAAUUGUCCUGGAUGUAGGUCAAAGUACAGUAGCCGCAAAACAUGUCUUGAUUGUUACAGUAGUCCAAGCGCCGUACAAACCCCUGGAAGAGCAUGAAAUUGAAUUUUUGAACUUUCGAAAGAAAGUGGUAAAGAAGGCGGUCAAAGCGGUCACUUAUCGAUGGGUAUUAGGCGAUUUUUUAAGAGAAAAAAAAAACAAAAUAUUGAUUUCAGAUGUAUCCGGUUGACGCGAUUAUGAACAUGAAUUUCGAGUGUCCGCCCAGCAUUUUGGUCGAAUUGGAGAAGGGAAACUAA